ACACACACACACACACACACACACACACACACACACACCUUUUCUCCAGUCCUAUAAGCUUCUUUACCCUGAGCCCAGCUGCUCUGCCAGCAUAGGCCCGUUUCGUUCCCUUUUGUCCAUGCCACUGACCUCCGAGCGCACUGGGAGCGCACCUCUGGGGGCCUGGACCGUAGCCGGACGCUUGAUGUGGACAUUUUUGGAGCAGCGGGUCCCCCUCACCCGGGCAACCAGGCCCCUUUUGAGCCCCUUACCCCUCACUGUUUGCCCAACCACUCUUUCCUCCUCGGCCCAAUCUUCUUCUUCUUCUUUCUCGCCGUGGGCCUGGGAGAAAGCUCCAGAGACGGCGUGUUGUUUUGUGCUCGCUGCUUGGUUGUGCUGCUGGUGGCCGGCUUCCUACGGUGCACCAAAGCCUCCAUUCUCUUUUCUCUCGCUCUCUUUCUUUGACCUCCUCCAGGGAACGAACCCCUGUUUGAUCACAUUAGGGGAGAAAGAGAGAGAUCAGUGGUGCUUUUGACAUUCCCACUAGCUUUUGACAGUCUAUGCGCUGCUGAUCAGUUUGCCCGGCACCAGCAAGUGGCCUCUUUUGAAUUUCUCCUUUUUUUUUUUUUCUUUUAUGUUUUUUAGGCCAGCCAUUGUGAAUCCUUUUGGUUAGAAUGUGUGGGUAGAGCUUAGCAGGACCGCUGCAUCAGUUCUUAUUUCACACUUUCCUUUUGAUUUUGCUCUCCCUUCUGUUUGAGGAACAAAAAAAAAGAAGCUUGUAUUGACCAAUUUUUCAACUUGUGCGAUCAUAGAUGUAGAAAAACGUGCUGUUAAGUGUCAGAGAGCCUCAGCAUGCGGAUGUGCCACUUAUGACAGCCUCUUUGUUGUGAUCAAAGCUGAGGCGGGACCAUAUUCUGGCGGUUGGAAAAGCAGAAAUUCAUGCACUGCCCAGUUCGUUAGAAAAGUGGAAGUCAAAAGCUGAAUUGCAGCUCGGGUGUUGAGCAACGAGGGAAAAUCCCUUUGAUAUGAUUCUUAUCACGACCCAGAAUCAGAUCUUGGUUUUGGGUACUUUACAUCCAUUGGAGGCCAUGCUCUCAGAGACGCAGAAGCCUUAAAGAAGAAGGCCUCUGGAAUCUUGCUUUAUUUAUGCCAGAAAAUGCCUGGCCACAAUUAACCAACCACAAGCAUUCUGCAUGUCAAUUUAGGUCAUUUUCUACCCUCACAAAAGCCCCGGACUUGGAGCCCAUCAAGCAGAAAAAAGCUGAUGUAAUGGGUUUAAGAAAAUCUCCAAGGGGAGUCAAACCUCACCCACACUCCCCCUCUCCCUUCCCCUCCUUCUCUGUCCAAAAUCCCACCCCCUUAUCCUCCCUUCAAACUCCUCUGAAGCAGUCACCUCCUUGGGUCACCACCCAAAUAUGGCCACUUUGAUCCCCCAGCACAGCAGGUUUGAAACUUUUUUUUUUUUUUUUUUCCAGGAAGAGUUUGAGCUUUAAAAUAACAGUUUGUGAUCGUUGCCACAAAAAAAACGGAGAGAACAGGUUUGUGAUUCAGUGAUUUAGUGUUUGGGGUGGGGGCAGGGGAGCAGGAGAUGAAGGCAAAAGGGACGAGGGAGAGAAAGAAAGAGGGAGGGGGGUAAAGAAAAGAAAUCCCAGCCUUGGCACACACACACAGACUCUCUGUGCAGCGUAAAGCACAAAAGAAACCUGUAACGCCUCCAGAUUCCUUCUAGUCGAGUAUCAAAGACAUGCUUUGCUUUAGAACAAGAGGCUAGUGGGUAAGAUAGGACCGAGUGAGCCAGUGAACCCAGCACUGGCUCGGUUGGGUGCUGCGAGUUAAUCUCUCAGAUAGGAUUUAUUUUUGCUCCCCCUUCUUCUUCUUCUUCUUCUUCUUCUCCACCUCCUCCCUCUCUUUGGGGAUAUCGGUAUUACUGUCGCUCUGAAUAGAGGGACUUGUCUAACCUGAUCGCUGAUCGGAAUAAGCGCAGAGAUGGUCAGAUGUGGGAUAAACCUGCCCACUGGUCCGUCCUGAUGGUGUCUCAGACCUCCCAGAAUAAUAACGAAUAAUAAUAUGAAGGUGCUUUAAAUUACCCGCAUGAGUAGUGAAAUAUCUCACAUUUUGUUGAUGAUGUUACACUUGUUAUUGAAGGCUUGUGUUGACUAUAGUUUACAGUUGAAUUCACUUUGCAGUUGACGUAAAGCCUUGAAAAGUUAGCUCUCUGCUAAUUUGACUAUUAUUGUCUCCGUUUGCAGCCGUGCAAAUAUGGAUUAUGGAUUCAUCUAGCUAAUCGCUUGGUUGUUUCUAGAAGCCCAAUUUGAUGUCUUCAAGGUGAUUACUUUGAACAACCAACAUUCCCAAACAAAAAAUUUAAAAAAGCAUAAAUUCCUCAGAUUUGAGAAGCAGGAACAGAUCGGUGCCAGUGUACCAUUCUGUAAAUGCAAUGUGAAAAUUGAUGUGAAAAUCUUGCACGCGUCCUAUUGAAGCAACAACAAAGACAAUAGGCGUUUGGAGAGCGACCUAAUAGCUUCGGGUGCUGCUGUUCUUGCUAUCCAAGAUGACCCCUUAAGGAAGGAGGAAGCCUCCAUCCAGGUUGUCAUUAACAAAAGUGAUGGUGGGGCCAUUUGCAGAACCAAGAGAGCAAGCAACAGAAAGGGAGAGGAAGGGAAACUAAAAGCGGACGCAAGCGAGCUGAGGAAAGUCUCAGAGGGUGAUUCUACAUGCAACAGUUUUCAGGAGUAAAAUCAGUCCCUCAAACCUCCUCGCGCACUUAUUCUUCUCGUGUUUUCUUUAAAGGUCGGUACAUUUGCGACAAAAUCAUAAAGGCCAAUUGCUGGUGGUGCUAAACGCAUUCCACAUAUACCUUAAUGGUGCGCCCGCUCUUCAUCUCUUUCCCCGGAGUACAGCGUGACCUUAGCCAUCCGACCCGGAAGCGGUGGCGGUGAGCAUUUCCUCUGGUGUAUUUGGAGCCCCAGUAAGUGUUUCCUAAAGAAAACAAGUCGGAGGCCGCCGAAAUCUGAAACCAGCGCUAAUGCUCUCCACCUCCCCUCUCUCCCUCCCUCCCUGUGGCCAGGGGGGAAAAGCGAGGUAAGGAGAGAAGGGGGAGUUGCCGUUUCUGUACGAAAUCCCGCCGCCUGUGCGCUCCAUUCAUUUAAAUGUGUGAACAUGUGCAUGUACUGCAAGUCCUGUUCACAUUCCUCUCAACUCUCCACAAUCCUCAGCAAAAACCGUCCCGGUCCGGCCACGCCCUGACAGACACCGGCACGCAUGGCCAAAACGGCUUGUUUGUGCAGUUGUUGUGUGGAAGGUCGUCCACUAAGUUUUGUGUUGUUUGUGUGUGUGAGUGGAUGUGUGUGAGUGGGUGUGGACAAUAUGAACUUGACCUUUACAGAAUGUCUGUCUCUCCUCUGAGGAGCGGUGGGAUUACAACACUCAUCUCCCACUGUAACUGACACACACACACACACACACACACACACACACACACACACACACACAUACCUGUGUGCGAGUCCACGGCAUUAGAGUCCACAGUCUCUCUGAUUUCAUAUUGUGGCUCUCCACUUUGAUAUGCCAGGCCCAUAUGUGCAUAUUUGGCAAGCGACUCCGGUCAUCUGAAGUGUUUGCCAUUCCCUUAAUCUAAUAUCUCAAAGCAUCGGGGUUUAGGUGGUGUUCUAGCUUUUGAUUGCGGGCCAGCUUGCUCGCCCUGGACCUGUUUGAUCUCCACAGGCCCACCUCUGCUGUGGAUCCCCCACAUCGUGUGAAUCCAAAUAGGGAAAGUUCCCGUGGAGACUGGCCACAUCGGAAUCGUCUUUUAUUUCCAGGAGAAGAGUCGCUGAGCUGAAGAAAGAGCCGGCCGAUUAUUUGGUAUUUUCGUCCGUUGACUUUUGGCGAAAUCGUAUUGAGAUGACAUGAAUUCGGACGAUCAUGGUCAUGACACUGAGCAAAGUACUUCUGGAAGUUUCCUUCCACACAUUUUCUCGCGUGCCUCCCAAUGAACGAAGAAUAUGAAAAACGUAAAUACCUGCUGACAAACUCUCACACAACUCGAGCAGUAUAAUGCUCAUUCAUCCAGUCGUACGCUCACUACAUCACAAAAACAUUACUAUUUUUAAAACGCUUGACGCAUUUAGACAAAUGUAAUUUCGUGUGAGAAGUAGUGAACAAACGACUGGACAAAUGAGACUGAUUAUACCGCAAGAGGUGUGUGAUUGUUUUCACGUAGUUUUUCUGUUAAAAGCGUUAAAGAGUUGAACCUUCACGGUUCGUAGGGGAGACUAUAUGUCCUGUUUUUUUCCCCCCAUCAUCCCAAACUUUUAGGGGUCUGGACGAAGGUAGCCGCCAUGUUGUCCACCCCCAGAGGGCAGGGUGGGAGCGAGAUGAGGGAGGGGAGGAGGGGCAAUAUGGGCCUAUGCUCUAAUCCCAUUCCAGCGGGCCGAGCAGCAGCAGCAGCAGCUUGCGUCGCAUUCCACAACUCCGGGGGCUUUUUGGGGUGGGUGGGGAGGGAGGGCGAGCAGCAUUCCUCCAUGGCCGGGGCCCAUCAAAGACGCCGCGCGACAUCAAAGGCCACUCAGAGCCUAGGUGUUGAUGACUGCAAUCCUCCCCUCGGUCCACUUUUAGCAACCUCAACCCCUCGGCCCUCUAACGCACACACACACACACACACACAGCAGGCUGACUGCGCCAGGUAUGUCCAGCCUCCCUCCCCCGGGCUCACCAGCCGUUCUGCAGCAGCAUUAAUCAUAGCUCAUUAAGUAGGGACUUUUGUUUUUAAUGGCGAGGGCCGGAGCCGGGGGGAUGCCACCGAUAUUUGGGGCGGUGGACGGAGUUUUAUAUGCACAAAACACCAAAUGUGGUGUUGAACGUUGGCAUAAAAUCUUUGCUCGAUACUUCAUUGACAAAACUCAUUUCAGCAAAACACGAACGAAAAAAGAAAAGCUGAUACGUAGAGAACACACCAACACGUGUACACGCUACUCAGCAGUUGUGUGCCAUAUAGAAUUGUUUAUUAAUGAGCACCAUGUUCCUUUGUUUGUUCCAUUGUUAAGUCACGCUAAUGAAUUCAUUGUUGCACCUUGAUGCUGACAAAUAAUUUAUGCUCUCCUUCGCCUACAUCUGUAAUCGUCCUCCGCAGGACGGCAGCCCUUUUUGCACACGGAGAGGUGAUGCAUUUGCUUUGCGGUUACUUUAUCUUUUCACAUAGAUGCUGUGAUCUCUUCGGGGAAGGAGGGCGGCAGUUGUUUCCACUCCCCUCCUUCUCUUUCCAAAAUGGUGGCACCCAGCCCAAUGUUGACCCCUGAACUUUGUCGGCCUGUCCUUUGUUCGCGUCACUCCGGGGUUUAAAGACUGAAGAGCUGAAAGUGACACCAGAGGGACUUUCGAGUAUGCAUCCUCUGGGGCUGUGUAAUAAUAACGACGAGGAGGACCUUUACGAGUACGGCUGGGUCGGAGUGGUGAAGCUGGAGCAACCAGAGCUGGACCCCAGCUGUCUCACCGUGCUGGGAAAGGCAAAGAGAGCAGUGCAGCGGGGAGCCACAGCCGUCAUCUUUGAUGUGUCGGAGAAUCCGGAUGCCAUCGACCAGCUCAACCAGGUUGCCGAGGAUCCUCUGAAGCGGCCGGUGGUUUACGUGAAGGGCAACGACGCCAUCAAGCUGAUGAACAUCGUCAACAAGCAGAAAGUGGCUCGCGCUCGGAUACAACACAGACCACCGAGGCAGCCCACGGAAUACUUUGACAUGGGCAUCUUCCUGGCUUUCUUCGUGGUUGUGUCGCUGGUUUGCCUCAUUCUGCUCGUCAAGAUCAAACUCAAGCAAAGGAGAAGCCAGAGCUCGAUGAACAGAAUGGCCAUCCAAGCGUUGGAGAAGAUGGAGACGAGAAAGUUCAAGGCCAAAGGAAAGGGCCAGCGCGAGAGCAGCUGUGGCGUCCACGAUUCACUGAGCAGCAGCUCCACCUCCGACUGCGCCAUCUGUCUGGAAAAGUACAUCGACGGCGAGGAGCUGCGAGUUAUCCCCUGUGCUCACAGAUUUCACAAGAAAUGCGUCGACCCCUGGCUGCUCCAGCACCACACCUGUCCCCACUGUAGACACAACAUCAUCGAGCAAAAGAAGGGAAAUCCAGGACCAGCAUGCAUGGACCCUGGCAACCCAGUCCACGGCCGGCAGCGGGUGGUGCUGCCGGUCCAUUAUCCCGGCAGGGUGCACCGUGCAGGCCAGGUGACCGCCUAUCCGACCAGAACCAGCAUGGACCCCCACGGCAACCCCAUCACCAUGCUCACUGCAAACCAGCACACGGAUCCACAAGGUCUGUACCCACCCCAAUCGACAUCUGCCUUUCUCCGAAGCUACCACCCGGCCCUCCACCUGGACCACUCGCUCAACCCCCACCACUGCGGAUUGGAGCACCGCGGACCCCCCGCCUACCCAGCACAGCCGCAUCACGCGGCUUUCAAGCGGCCCAAGUUCCAUGGCCGCAACUUUUCCCGCGCAGCCUGCUUCUCGCAGUACGAGACAAUGUACCAGCACUACUAUUUUCAGGGGUUGACUUUCCCUCAACAGCCUGAGGGUGGCCAGGGGCCCGCCAUGGCAGGGCAGCUUGGUGCAGGAGGAGGAGGAGGAGGAGGGGCCCACAAGGGCCACCACAGCAGGGCCUUUCAGCAGGGGCUGUUAUACCCCACAGUGGUACACAUGGCGCCCGCCUCUUCUUCGAGGAUCGGUGACACCGGCAGCACUUCUGGCCUGAGCUGUUACCACGGCCACCGCUCGGUGUGCAGCGGCUACCUUGCCGACUGCCCCGGCAGUGACAGCAGCAGCAGCAGCUCGGGCCAGUGUCACUGUUCCUCCAGCGACUCCAUGUUGGACUGUACCGAGGUCAGCAACCAGGGCGUGUACGGUAGUUGCUCUACCUUCCGCAGCUCGCUGAGCAGUGACUACGAUCCCUACGUCUACCGGAGUAAGAGUCCGUGUAGGGGCUCCGUUGGGGAGGCGGGGGCUGCGUCUUGCACCGCAGCUCCCGCCGAGGAUUCGUCAUCCCCGCUUCCCUUGGGACACGACUGCCUCCAGCUCCCUCCUGGAGCUUCGGGGUAUAGCUCAGGGGACCACCUCUCCAACUGCAGUUUGGAGCCCAACUACAGCAGUCGCUCAUCACUGGAACCCAGGGAGAACGGCAACACUAGCACUACCUCAGCCGCAGCGCCGGAGGCUGCCGGAGCAGACAGGGGGAAGGGGGCGCUGGAGGAGUCGGGGGAGCUCGGGGCUGCGGCCUGUAGCUGCUGCUUUGAGGUGCUUCCUCCCAACGUGGAGUGCAAAGGGCAGGGCUCGGACCAAGCGGGGCCUCUGGCCGCAGGACGCUUUCACAGGGGGCUUGACUUUCAGAGCUCAGCCUCCAAGAACUACUUUGCCCCCGAGCACAUGUGCCCUUCCUCGGAGCAGGUGAGCUACGAAGGGCUGCCUUGCUGCUUCUACAAAGAGAUGAAGGUGCACAGGGCCGCUGCGGGCCGCUACACCGAGGACUACGCUGUCAAUGUGCAGUAUGCUCAUGCAGACUCGGAGGCCUGCUCUGGACAGGGCUGCUGCGAACUCAACCAGAGGAUACCCAUAAUUCCCGAGGACACAGAUUGUGAAUUGGGCUCAGGGGCAGAGACCCAGAGCAGUUUACUGCCCGUUAGUGUCGCGGUGGAGGCCGAUGUGUGGACAGGGGAGCGACACGAGCUCAGGGAGGGUUACUUCACCUCGGGACAGUUAAGAGGUCAGCCGUACCCUCAGGAGGAGGAGGCCAGGGCUUUGUUUCACCCUCAGCUCUCUGCAAGCCCCACUGCAUUGGGAAGCAGUACUUCAACAAGCAAGGACGGUCUGGGUAUAUGAACUUGAGCCCCAGCGAGAAGGGACUCAGUCAAAAGUAUGUAUUUGGUACCGAGUAAGUCAGUCAAUCGUUAAAAACCCUCAGCUGCCUUGUUCUAACCUUGAAUGUUAUCAUCUUCGAUUGUGUGGAUUUCUACUGAAGUGCGCUGUCGUUUCUAGACGGCGUAUCAAGUUCAUUCCUGUGGCCGCGAAUGUCUCGGCACCAAACUGUGUUAGCGCGGCGCUGAGACAGAGCGAUGCUACCGAUAUGGACGGAGGUGAACUGAAACUAGAAGUAGGUUGGGAUGGGCAUCUAUUUACAGACUGUCUGCUGCCACCGCGGGUUAGGCCCCUUCAGCGCUAAGCAAUCCGGGCCCAGUUCUUGUGAGAUUUCUUUUUCAAGAAAAAGAAAUCUAGACUCCCGUCUUUUGAGAUUUUCUUUUCUCUACAAAAAAAAGUACCUUCUUAAUUCACAAACAUCUACAUGUAUAUGUGCACACAUGAACACUGACUGCCUAUAAAGCUUCAACCACCAACUCAAAUAGGUUGUACGGACAUAGCUAUACCAAAACAGAAAGACAUGAUUGUUUUUUGUUUUCUUUUCUUUUAACUUUUUUU